GAUAGUGAACCGUUUGUUGUUUGCGUUCGAGCCGACCAGCUACAGUGGAUGUAAAAGCUUUGUUUUAGUAUUUUGUGGAAUAUUUGCUUUGUUAUUAAGACAUUAUUAAAAUCGCAGUAAAGUAUUUAGUGAUAAUGAAGUUUGCUGAAUCGGCUCUAAUUAAAAGAAACAGCUAGCAUUAGCCUGAUUGUUUUGGUUUCGCGCGAGCCAACAAACUAGAGUCCGAAGUUCGUUUGUUUAUUUUAUUUUCGAACUGUACUGUUUAUUGAGGAGAGAGGGAUGACUCUGGCGCCGAAGGAGCUGACCACACUACUGGGCCUGCUGUCGGAGGAGGCGUGCGCCGGCAGCUCGUUCGAGAGCCUCGCGAGCGCCUUCCACCACUGCUUCAGCAAAGCCGAGCACUUCCGUGUGGGCUCCGUGCUCGUGCUGCUGUUACAGCACGCCGACCUGCUUCCGGGUUCCGCUCAGCGCCUCGCCGCGCUCUACCUGCUGUGGGAGAUGUACCGCACCGAGCCGCUCGCCUCCAACCCGUUCUGCGCCGUGUUCGCGCACCUGCUCAACCCCGGCAAGGACGAGCACGAGCACGAGAGGCACCUUUCAGGUUUCCUUCCCCCGGUCACGCUGCCUGAGAAGUUUUUCCUCUCUCAGCUGAUGCUCGCUCCUCCUCGGGAGCUCUUUAAGAAAACGCCACGGCAGAUCUCCUGCAUGGAUGUGAGCUCGGCACCACAGACAGUCGACAUCAGCGGACUACAGCUCGCUCUCGCCGAGCGUCAGUCAGAGCUUCCAACCCAGAGCAAAGCCAGUUUUCCCAGCCUCCUGAGUGACCCGGACCCUGACUCCUCCCACUCAGGCUUUGACAGCUCCUUAGCCAAUCAGAUCACAGAGUCACUGGUCACAGGGCCACGCCCACCUCUGGAGAGUCAUUUCCGUCCUGAGCUGAUCCGGCCGGCUCCACCGUUAUUCCAGGCGAGCGAGGCCGAGCUGGCGUGGCUGAGUCCAGCUGAACCGGAGCACCGCGUGCAGUGGGAUCGCUCCAUGUGCGUUCGUGCUGCCACCGGCCUCGAGACCAAACGCAUCAUGGCUAAAGCCUUCAAGAGCCCACUUUCAGCACCUCAACAGAGUCAGCUGGUAGCUGAGUUGGAGAAAGACCCGAAGCUGGUGUACCACACUGGCCUCACUCCUGCUAAACUGCCUGAUCUGGUGGAAAACAACCCGCUAGUGGCCAUCGAGAUGCUGCUGAAGCUCAUGUCCUCCAGCCAGAUUACAGAAUACUUCUCCGUCCUAGUCAACAUGGACAUGUCCUUACACUCCAUGGAGGUGGUCAACAGGUUGACGACGGCGGUGGAUCUUCCGCCCGAGUUCAUCCACCUGUACAUCUCCAACUGCAUCUCAACCUGCGAGCAGAUCAAGGACAAGUACAUGCAGAAUCGGUUAGUGCGUCUGGUGUGCGUUUUUCUUCAGUCUCUGAUCCGCAACAAGAUCAUCAAUGUGCAGGACCUGUUCAUCGAGGUGCAGGCGUUCUGCAUCGAGUUCAGCCGAAUACGCGAAGCUGCUGGUCUCUUCCGCCUCCUCAAGACACUGGAUAACGGAGAGACGCCGGCGGAGGGCAAAGCGGCCAAAUAAUCCCGUUCUGAAAAUACGGAUGUGGACCAAUGUAGCCCUCACGGCAGGUGAACCGAGCCUCGUCUCCGCCUCAGUUAAUCCUGGACCUUCAUCACUGAGGCCUGAUGAGGCUGACACAUUUUUAUUUUUCAAAAAGCCCAAAGCUCAGUUAUAUGUCCAGAACGUAAGAUCUGAAAAAACAGGAAGCUAAAGCUGCUAACAAGGGUACUCAUUAGCCUCAGUGCUGCUUGUGAAGUGUAUAGCUUAGCUCCCUACAUUUUAAUCCCUUUGAGAGCAAACAAGAUCUUAUUCUCAGCUAAACCUGGACCUGGAUUUGAGCUUCGUCUUUAGUUAACCGUUACAGGAGGCGGGGGGCGAAGGGAGCUAGUUAAUCUUGGUCCCUCAAGAGAAAACUCAUCAAGCCUUAUUUUUGUUCUGGAGAGAUGGAAGAUGAACAAACUAACCCAGCACUUGUGUACUGUUUUUCUUUUUCUCUGCCAGAUUUUUUUUUUUUUUUUUUGGUCCUGAGCGCCUUUUUUUAAUAUCGGAGAGUCCCUCUGUGUAAUCAGAAGGAAGUUGAUAGCCCUUUCUUUGAAGGGGAUAUUACACAAUUCAUGGCCCUUGUACAAACUGCUACAGCAAUGAAAUACCUUGUUUUAUCUCUAAUGUAUAAGAAAAAAGGGAGAAAAUAAUAAAAAAAAAGCAAAAUCGUCA